GCACAGGCGUCGCAAUGCACACCGCCGUGGUGGCUCUGCUGCUGGUAGCAGCUGCUGCCUGCAUCAAUGCAGCCGCUCUGCAAGCUGCUGAGUCGCUGAGGGAGCGGCGCGAAACGGACUCGGACGCACACCACGGCCACCACGGCCACUGGCACGGCCACGGACACUGGCACGGACACGGACACGGCCACGGCCACGGCCACGGACACGGCCACGGCGGUCACGGAGGAGGCCACGGCGGUCAUGAGGGUGGACAUGGAGGAGGAGGACACGGAGGGGGAGGGGGAGGAGGAGGUCACGGAGGAGGAGGACAUGAGGGCAGUCAUGGAGGAGGAGGUCAAGGAGGAGGAGGAGGAGGCCAAGGAGGAGGCGGAGGAGCGGGAGGAGGAGGAGCAGGAGGAGGGCAUGGCAAACCAGGAGGCGGUGGCAGUGGCAGUAUCAGCGGCAGUGGAUCCUCCAGCAGCUCCCAGAGUGGGGUCGUUGGUGGCGGCGGCGGCAGCGGCAGUGCCAGUGGUAGCCAGUCUUCCAGCAGUUCCCAGAGUGGCGCGGUAGGAGGAGGGAAAGGCAGCGGAAGCAUCAGUGGUAGCCAGUCUUCCAGCAGUUCCCAGAGUGGUGCUGUAGGAGGAGGGAAAGGCAGCGGAAGCAUCAGUGGUAGCCAGUCUUCCAGCAGUUCCCAGAGUGGUGCUGUAGGAGGAGGGAAAGGCAGCGGGAGCGCUAGUGGUAGCCAGUCUUCCAGCAGUUCCCAGAGUGGUGCUGUAGGAGGAGGGAAAGGCAGCGGAAGCAUCAGUGGUAGCGAGUCAUCCAGCAGUUCCCAGAGUGGUGCUGUAGGAGGAAGUGGGAGCGGAAGUGGUAGUCAGUCUUCCAGCAGCUCCCAAAGCGGUGCCUUUGGAGGUGGCUAUGGCGGCCUCAGCGGCAGUGGGAGCAAGUCUUCUAGCAGCUCCCAGAGUGGUGCCUUCGGAGGUGGCUAUGGCGGCCUCAGUGGCAGUGGGAGCAAGUCUUCCAGCAGCUCCCAGAGUGGGGCCAUCGGAGGUGGGUACGGUGGCAUGAGUGGCAGCGGCAGCAUGUCUUCGAGCAGCUCCCAGAGUGGUGCCUUUGGAGGAGGCUACGGCGGCCUUAGUGGAAGCAAGAGUUCGAGUCAGUCAGCGUCCGAGAGCGUCGGCUAUGGUCACAGUGGCUCCGUCUCGGGCAGCAAGAGCUCCAGCGCAAGCGAAGCCGUCGGCUACGGACGCUGAUCCUGACCCACGCUUUGUUCCCGGUUAUCUCAGCACUUACGUUAACUCGGCUGAUAUCUUGGUGUAGUUAAAGCCCGUGCUUGCACUCAGAUGUCUUACUUGUCCUCCAUUCACACUUACUGAUACGUCGAUCGGUUACGUGGCGGUGAAGCUUGCAAAAGCUCUCUUUUCUAUGUAAUGUGUUUUGUGAACAUUAUUUUCUUGUAUUUUUUUCGAACAUGUCCUUUCCAAUCUCAGGUAAAGGUACGAGCAUGUGGCUGACCUAGAACUGAUUUGAAACUAUUUUUUGAUAAUUAUAAUGUUAAUUUGCAAUCUACAAACCCAAUUUUUGUUACUAUUAUAUUGUCGAUAUUCCACAGGCAAAUAUAUAAAGGAAGAAUCGAAUGUUGUUGAAAAUAAAGUUAUGUUGACGCAAUUGCCAUACUUGA